AUGAUGCAAGCAUCACUGCAGUACCCGUUAGUUAUCCUAUUCGCAUUCUUCAUCACUUUGGCAGUGAAUGGUGUAUCUACAGGCAAUCCAAUCCAGACUCCCGCGACACCACCGCAAAGCCUAGACCAGCAAUUAAAUAAUGCUCCAUCAGUACGCCUCCACAUCAUGCUCAAGGGAAAGAAUAUGCAGAUUCACGGACAGUCUGUCUUCGACGUAUUCGCCAAACCAGUAAUUUCCGCUGACCCAACAAGCGUACGCUACGACGGAUUCGCCACAUUUAUCCAAUGGGAUUCAAAGUUCACGUCCAUGGUCGUUGACGGCUCCGCAUACGUCGUGGAGAGCACGGGAGAUGACACCACGUCCGUCGCCACACGAACCGUGAGAUGUCUGUCUUCAAUCACACCGUUCGACUCCAUCGUUGAUGCGCUCAACAAUCUCACUGCCGUAUCGACCGAGGCUGUCGGUGACGACAGUGAAGUGGACUGCAACAAAGGAAGCUUAUACGAGACGUCAUUUGGUGGCAAGCAUUUCAUGGUAUGCGCGCCUGGAGCUGACGGAUUCAUCGCGUACGGAGGGGAUAUUACGAUGGUAGUGGAGUACUUAGAUAGUCCGCUAACCAGCUUAUCUACCCCGAACUUGACUGAUGGCAGUGUAUCAUGCCCCGCUGUGGUAAAGCCGACAUCAGUGUCUCCAACCACAGUUGCUUUUCUGAUCGGUAAGGAAGCAUCACCAACUUGUGCAAGUCUUGAAAGCGACUGGAUUUAG